CGACUACACAUCUGCGCAAUCCACACUGCUGUGCGGAGACAUGGCCGAGGCGCUCGUGGCAGCCCAAUCAAGCAGCAAUCGCGUGCGGCACGGAUCUACUGUAGCAGCUCGUGCGUGCAGGCUGCAGAGGCAGGUCGAGCUGAAAGGAUGCACGUAAUGCCUGCCAUGGAAAACUUUGCGGCCUUUGAGUGGCCCAAGAGUCCGGCAUCAACAAGGUUCAUGUUGGCUGGCCUCAAGGAUCCGAGCCUCUGGACCCGGCACAUGGGAGCCCUCACAGAGAAACCGUGCCGAUCCACCGGCUCUAUGUCGUAUCGCAUUCAGGGCCACGUCGGUCUUCAAGGUGACUUUCGCCCCAAGGCUGGCAAGGCUGACCGAGUCUUCGUGGUGUCCGAGCCUGCGCGCUUCUCGACUGCUCGGCAGCCCGAUGGCGGUGAAGAAGAGAAUGGACGUCAUGCUCUGCACUAG